UCUCGGCUGGUGGUGCUACACCGUUGCGGCUACGUCCGGUCAAGUUAACAACGAAUUGACGGAUUUCCUUGGAACAAGUGAUCGAAAUGCGGAUUAUCAACACUUUAUUCAUAAUUAUUUUGUUGAGUGCGUCAAUCAGGCAUGGAAGUUGUACGCCAACGCGAAUAAUACUCGAUGGUAACGCGAGGGAUCUUGCAGCCCCGGCGUCGACGGUCUGGGACCCUCGGGACACUUACAGAGGACUAUUUUCACCACGUACUCCUCAGUUUGACAUGUACCGGCCUACAAUGGAUCAGCUAAGAAACUUUGGUAGUUAUGCAAUGGGACAAAUCGGUGACGACAGACUAUUUUCACCACGUACUCCUCAGUUUGACAUGUACCGGCCUACAAUGGAUCAGCUAAGAAACCUCGGUAGUUAUGCAAUGGGACAAAGCGGUGACGGCAGAUUACGGACUGGAUUCAGCAAUCCACCCCGACCGUCUCGUAUAUUGGCGACGAGAUGUGAGAAUCUCGACGACGUGAAAAAGCGCAAUUUCUUGAUGUCCUUUGGACUCGGUACGGGAGUUAGGUGUAGUCGGACGAUUCGAGAAUGGACGCUUCAAGAGCCUUUGUACGUGGACGAACCGGGAUGGGUUUCUCUUGAAAUCAAAGGAGACGGUAAUGAAGACCCGGGUGUCAACGGGGACGAUCCUUUCAUAAUGGCCAGAGGCAAGCGGUUAAUCGACAAAAUUCGAGUAGAUUCAGCCAACGUACCACAAACAAGUUCUUCGAAACCAACACGCGAGGUUCGUCGGAGUGAGGGUGUCAACAUGAAUGGCGAGGCUGAUGAGAGUAUGAAGAGCUUCUACAGAGGAUUGGAAAAGUAUCUGGCGGCUAGGAGUGGCUAUGUUCAGCCUAGGGACAAACACUCGGACGUUAUGGACAUCUUGAACGAGCCGUUCUUCAUAUCUCGCGGAAAAAAAUCCAGGGGCAAAAAGAAUGAUUUCCAGGGGAUCACGAAUUUAGAAUUUCAUUCGACCAAUUCACCUGGAAACUAUCGUUCCAUUCGGGAUAGGAGAGGGGAGAUCGUGGAGCAAUUGCUUAAGGAACAGGAUCCGUUCUACAUUGCCAGAGGAAAGAGAUCAGCGAAUGAUCUGUCAGCACUUCUCCGCGACUGGAAGAAGUGAAACGACGGGACGAAGAAACAAUUUUGCAAUUCUGUGAUCAAGUGAAACAACAAGUGAGAACUCUAAAAUUUCUCACUGGACGGAGAGAAAUAUUCAGUAAAAAAUUACGGAACAAUUCACGUAAUCCGGAAUGGAGAAUCGUUUUCCG